AUGGCCAGCGUCGUUGGAAUCGACUUUGGUAACCUCGCCAGCAAGAUUGGCGUGGCGAGGAAAGGAGGAAUCGAUGUUAUUGUGAAUGAAACCUCUAACCGUGCUACCCCAUCUCUGGUCUCUUUUGGCGUUAAGGCGCGUGCGAUGGGCGAGGCUGCCAAGACCCUUGAGACCUCCAACUUCAAGAACACUGUUGGCUCCCUCAAGCGUCUAAUUGGUCGCUCGCUAUCGGAGCCAGAGAUUAAUGACGUUGAGAAACAAUACCUGAAUGCUCAGCUCGUAGACGUCAACGGAACAGUUGGUGUCAAGGUCAACUACCUCGGCGAGCCAACCACUUUUUCGGCUACUCAGCUCGUGGCGAUGUACUUGGGCAAGUUGCGCGAUAUCACUUCCGCUGAGAUCAAGGCGACGCCAUCGGAUGUCGUUAUUUCCGUGCCGGGAUGGUACAAUGAUACCCAACGUCGUGCCGUUCUCGAUGCCGCACAUAUCGCAGGACUGAAUCCCCUCCGCCUCAUCAACGAUACAACCGCCAUCGCCCUUGGAUAUGGUAUCACCAAGUCCGAUCUCCCUGAACCCGAUUCGCCUCGAAACGUUGUCUUCGUAGACAUUGGUCACUCCAACUACUCCGUCGCCGUUGUCGCUUUUGCAAAGGGUCAACUAUCCGUCAAGUCAACUGCGUACGAACGCAACUUUGGUGGCCGCAACAUCGACCUUGUUCUCGUUAAGCACUUUGCUGCCGAAUUCAAGGAAAAGUACAAGAUUGAUGUCAUGUCUAGCCCCAAGGCAGUUUUCCGUCUUAUCACAGCUUGCGAGAAGCUCAAGAAGGUUUUGUCUGCCAAUGCCGAGGCUCCGCUCAACGUUGAGAGCUUGAUGAAUGAUGUCGACGCGUCCAGCAAAAUGACCCGCGACCAAUUCGAGGAGCUCCUUGCUGAACCCCUGUCGCUCAUCACCGUACCCCUCGAGGAAGCUCUGCUCGAGGCAGGCCUUACCCCCGACCAGGUUCAUUCGAUCGAGCUUGUAGGUGGCUCAACUCGUAUUCCUGCUAUCCGUACUCGUAUUCGCGACUACUUUGGCUCGGAUCGACAGCUCUCGGCGACUCUCAACGCUGAUGAGGCAGUCUGCCGUGGCGCCACUUUUGCGUGCGCAAUGCUCUCUCCCGUUUUCCGGGUCCGUGAAUUCACCGUUCAGGAUAUCACUCCCUACCCGAUCAAGACGAGUUGGGAGCGCGCUCCUGGGGAUGCUGAGGAGGAUGACACCGAACUUGUCGUCUUCUCUCGGGGCAACAACAUUCCUUCGACCAAGGUCUUGACGUUCUACCGAUCCGCACCAUUUGAACUCGAGGCUUCAUAUGCUGAACCUAACAAGGUUCAUGGCCAGGCCAAAAUUGGGUCGUUCAAGUGCAACAAUGUCGCGCCUGGAGCGAACGGCGACCCUGCCCAGAUCAAAGUUAAGACUAGGCUGAACUUGCAUGGUAUCCUUUCGUUCGAGGGUGCUCAGUUGAUCGAAGAGGAAAUAGUCGACCCAGAGCCACUCCCCGAGGGCGCUGAGGGGGAGCCACCCAAGCCUAAGAAACUUGUCAAGAAGACUGAUUUGCCCGUCUCUACGAAAUACAACUCGCUUGAACCUGCUGUCCUUGAGAAGUACCGCGAAUCCGAGCUCUCGAUGCAUGCUGCCGAUAAACUUGUGGCAGAUACAGAGGACCGGAAGAACGCGCUUGAGGAGUACGUGUAUGAUAUGCGCGGCAAGCUCGAUGAGCGACUUGCCCCCUUCGUUUUGCCAGAAGAAAAGGCCAAGAUUCUCGACCUCGCACAAAAGGCCGAGGACUGGCUGUACUCUGAAGAGGGCGAAGAUGCGUCCAAAUCCGCCUAUGUCGAGCGCCUUGAUGCUCUGCACGCGUUGGGCGAUCCUGUCACGACCCGUUACCGUGAAUGGGAGGCGCGCCCACGUGCAGCAGCUCAGCUUCGCGAGACGAUCGGUUCCUAUAUGGAGCGGGUCAACCAACCCGAUUUCGCCCACAUCGACGAAGCCGAACGCAACAAGGUGGUGGAGCGCUGUGCAACGGAGCAACAGUGGCUUGACGACAAGUCGGCGCGCCAACUCGAGAGGCCCAAGACUUCCGACCCGAUCCUCACCUCGGCUGAGAUCUUGAAGCACCGUGACGAACUCAUCUACUUUGCUACGCCUAUCUUGACCAAGCCCAAGCCCAAACCUCAGACGACCGAGACUCCUCAGGGAACUGGGACUCCACAGCCGCAGAGCGGUGCACAGAGCGGCACGCAAACGCCCAAUCCAGAUGCUAAGAAGGAGCCUUCAGAGAUGGAAGUGGAUUGA